GUCGACAAAUUUUUUUCUUUUUUUUUUUUUUCUCUUGCUGGCUCUCACUUACAAUGCCCUGUUGAUUAGUUUCAUGUCUCACCUCACCAAACGCUCAGCCAGCAACAUCACCAACACCCCCUCCGCUGCCACCACCAGCUCUUCCUCCUCCUCCUCCUCCUCCUCCGCCGCCGCCUCUGCCUCGUCCUUCGCUGGCCCUCUCAUGAAGAAGGCCAAGUCUCAGGCCGUGGCCUGCUCUCUCGACCCCAAUAAGAAUGGUCUUCACACCCAGGACUUCAAUUCCCCUGAUAACGACGUCGUUUUCGACCCCUCUUCCAUGGCUAUCGACGAAGAUCUCAAGCCCGAUGACCCCUCCUCCGCUCUCCACUCCGGCCGCGCUGUUGCCGCCAAUUUGUCGCGCAAGAAGGCUACCCCUCCUCAGCCCGCGAAGAAGCUCGUUAUAAAGCUUGUUAAAGCAAAACCAACAUUGCCCACGAAUUUUGAAGAGGAAACAUGGGCAAAAUUGAAGUCAGCUAUUUGCGCUAUAUUUUUGAAGCAGCCCAAUUCUUGCGACUUGGAGAAGCUUUACCAGGCUGUUAAUGAUCUUUGCCUGCACAAGAUGGGGGGAAAUCUUUAUCAACGGAUUGAAAAAGAGUGUGAAACACACAUAGCUGCAGCACUGCAUUCUUUGGUUGGCCAAAGCCCAGAUUUGGUGGUUUUUCUAUCUCUUGUUGAGAGAUGCUGGCAGGAUCUCUGUGCCCAGAUGUUGAUGAUUCGUGGUAUAGCUUUAUAUCUAGAUAGAACAUAUGUGAAACAAACACCAAAUGUGCGUUCAUUGUGGGAUAUGGGCUUGCAGCUUUUCCGAAAACAUCUUUCUUUGUCUCCAGAAGUAGAGCACAAAACUGUUACAGGCCUGUUAAGAAUGAUUGAGAAAGAAAGAUUAGGUGAAGCUGUGGAUAGAGCUCUCCUUAACCAUCUUCUAAAGAUGUUUACUGCUCUAGGAAUUUACGCAGAAAGCUUUGAGAAGCCAUUUCUCGAAUGCACUUCUGAAUUUUAUGCUGCUGAAGGCAUGAAUUACAUGCAGCAGUCUGAUGUUCCAGAUUACUUGAAGCAUGUUGAGACAAGAUUGCAUGAAGAACAUGAGAGAUGUUUACUUUAUCUGGAUGCAAGUACAAGAAAGCCAUUAAUAGCAACUGCAGAAAAGCAGCUUCUUGAACGCCAUAUAUCCGCCAUCCUUGACAAGGGUUUCAUGAUGCUGGUGGAUGGACAUCGUAUUGAGGACCUGCAGAGGAUUUAUAAUUUAUUUUGCAGAGUAAAUGCUCUUGAGUCAUUAAGGCAAGCCCUAAGCUCGUAUAUUCGUAGGACAGGGCAGGCCAUUGUCAUGGAUGAAGAAAAAGAUAAAGAUAUGGUUGCCUCACUUUUAGAAUUUAAGGCUUCUUUGGACACAAUAUGGGAAGAAAGCUUUUUCAAGAAUGAAGCAUUUUGCAAUACCAUAAAGGAUGCAUUUGAGCACCUUAUCAAUCUUCGUCAGAACCGACCUGCAGAACUGAUUGCAAAGUUUUUAGAUGAGAAGCUUCGUGCUGGGAACAAAGGUACUUCUGAAGAGGAAUUGGAGGGUACACUUGAUAAAGUAUUAGUUUUAUUCAGGUUUAUACAGGGUAAAGAUGUGUUUGAAGCAUUUUACAAGAAGGAUCUUGCUAAAAGGUUACUUUUGGGAAAGAGUGCUUCUAUUGAUGCGGAAAAGUCUAUGAUCUCCAAGCUGAAGACUGAAUGUGGCAGUCAAUUUACAAACAAACUUGAAGGGAUGUUCAAGGACAUUGAAUUAUCAAAAGAGAUAAAUGAGUCCUUCAAACAAUCUUCCCAGGCAAGAACAAAACUCCCUUCAGGGAUUGAGAUGAGUGUUCAUGUCCUAACAACAGGGUAUUGGCCAACAUAUCCCCCUAUGGAUGUUAGACUUCCUCAUGAACUGAAUGUGUACCAGGACAUUUUUAAGGAGUUCUACUUAAGCAAAUACAGUGGGAGACGUUUAAUGUGGCAAAAUUCAUUAGGUCAUUGUGUGUUGAAAGCAGAGUUUCCUAAAGGCAAAAAGGAGCUUGCAGUUUCCCUGUUUCAGACUGUUGUUUUGAUGCUGUUUAAUGAUGCUGAGAAGCUAAGCUUUCAAGAUAUUAAAGACUCCACUGCCAUUGAGGAUAAGGAACUUAGACGAACUUUACAAUCCCUUGCAUGCGGAAAAGUCCGUGUCCUGCAAAAGUUGCCCAAAGGAAGAGAUGUGGAGGAUGAUGAUUCAUUUAUCUUCAAUGAUGGAUUUACUGCUCCUCUCUACCGUAUAAAGGUUAAUGCUAUCCAGAUGAAGGAAACAGUAGAGGAGAACACAAGCACCACUGAAAGAGUAUUCCAAGACCGUCAAUAUCAGGUGGAUGCUGCUAUUGUUCGGAUUAUGAAGACCAGGAAAGUGCUAAGUCACACGCUCCUGAUCACUGAACUCUUCCAACAGCUCAAAUUUCCGAUAAAGCCAGCGGAUUUGAAGAAAAGGAUCGAAAGCCUGAUCGACAGGGAGUACCUAGAGCGGGACAAGAACAACCCCCAAAUUUACAACUACCUGGCAUAGUUCGAUAUUUCCUCAAUUGGGAAUUUCUCCUCUCCUUUGUAGAAAGACACAGGAGGUUUUUCUGUCUUCAGAAGGAGGCAGGAUUUUCCAUCCCUUUGUCUUGAUUAUUGUACAGUAACUUGUAGUUCUCAUUUUUGUUGAGUUCUAAACUGAUUGUAAAGCAUGCUUUAUUUUCUGUUUUUUGAAAUUCAUAUUUACCAGUAAGGACAUAAUGCCUCAGAUAAUUUUAAAAUUUUUUUUCUUUCC